AUGAAGUCUUCUGUCCUUCUCAGCUGCAUCGCAUUCGCAGUUUCAGUGGCUGCUGCUCCUGUCCCCGACUCUGACACAGUUGCGAGCUACCAAUGGAAGAAGGACACGGAGAAUACCGAUGGCGUUGCCAGUUAUCAGUGGAAGCGAGAUACCGCCAAUACUGAUGGCGUUGCGAGUUACCAGUGGAAGAAGGAUACUGCCAACACUGACGGCGUUGCCAGCUACCAGUGGAAGAAGGAUACCGAGAGCACUGAUGGUGUCGCUAGCUACCAAUGGAAGAAGGAGAAGAGAGAUACUGCCAGCACUGACGCUGUCGCCAGCUACCAGUGGAAGAAAGACACAGCAAACACUGAUGGCGUUGCCAGCUAUCAGUGGAAGAAGGAGUAA